AUGACGUCCGUACCUCCUACAAGUGCUGCAAAUUUUGAUAUAGGCUCGAAUCCUUUUCCACUUGCGACGAAUAAUGAGAAUUGUGACGUUAAUUCUUUCAUUGAGCGUACAAAAGAGGUGAAAGUCGAUGUAAAUGAUUACUCACGUUUCAAAGACAUUGGUAGCACUGACUCAGAGGAUGAAGACAAGGAAACAACUGCAGCGAAAGUAUCGUCUGCUGUAGAUGAUUAUUCAAGAUGCCGUAAUUGCAGUAAAAAUGGGGCCAAACUCAAGUGUAGCGUAUGUAAGAAGGUUGUCUAUUGUGCGCGCAAGUGUCAGGCAAGUGACUGGCAAUUCCAUAAGCGCACGUGCAAGAAGCCGGAGGUUUCCAAGAAAUCAGAUUCAAGACCCAUGAAGAAAUCAUCAAGUUCCACUUCGUCACCAUCGAGCUCUUAUUCAAUGAAGAAAAAGUCGACGACGUCGAGUAGUAACAAGGUCAAAAAAGGCAAUGACACGUCGGUUGUGGUAGAUGAUGAACCAGACCUACCAAAAGAUAUGCGGGGAUAUAAGAAUGGACUACCAUAUUUUCAUCGAGAAUUGUCAAAGGAGGAGAAAAAUCUAAUUGGUGACAUUGCCCCUCAGAAGAUUGAGACAAAGCGUGUAGUGGCAACAUCAGCGCAACAUGAUGGGUCUGCGUGGAACACAGCUGGCACUUUUGAAGAGCGUGUAGUGACCAAAUGGGCGCAGGAAAAGUGGAGCGAGGUUUUUACGGGUGCACGUUAUAUGGAAGACAAUAUGCAGGCAACUUUGAAGGCGCCGGAGAAGAUCAUGGGUGAUGCUAGUAUUUGCGUCGUGCGAGGCAAGAAGCGGUAUUUGUUUGACUUCAAUUUCAAACUGCCCUUUGAAGUCUCGGUUAGCGGUGGAAGUAUAUGCAAGGGCUUGUACGAAAUGAACGACAUCUCGAAUGACGAGGACUAUGAGAUCUCGUGUAGUUUGACCACGACGCUCAGCGAUGCCAGCGAACAAGGUGCUGUGCAGGCGUUCGUUGCGAAGAAAAAUAGCGGGUUGCAGAAAGAGGUGCUGCGACUAAUUGGCGUAUUUGCGAAGGAUUUUCAACAACAAUAG